GGGGCGGUGGUGGACUGUCUGUCAGUGAUUACAUGGAGCUGUGAAGUCACGCUUGGGUGAAGUUAGUAAUGAUUCAUCUCCUCGGUUUAAACGUUAAGCGGUGCUCUAGGGAAACAGCGUCAGUUUAACACCACCUGAGCGGGUCUGGUGACCUUUAGUUGUUGCGAGCCUGGACAGAACAGCGCGAGGAAGGUUAGCCGCUUUAGCUUGAGAGCUCCGGGUGACGGCAGCCGUCAGGAAGAGGCGUCACCGCCCGCACCAGCGCCAGUCGGAGCAGGGCACGAGGGGGAGACGGUCUGCGGCCAUGGCUGCCCUCGGUAACACGGGGGCUACCUCCAGUCCUAUGGUGAUCCUGGCGCCCAAAACGAAGACGAAGAAAAAGCACUUCGUGCAGCAGAAGGUGAAGGUGUUCCGGGCUAGCGACCCCGUGCUGAGCGUCUUCAUGUGGGGCGUCAAUCACUCGAUUAAUGAUCUCAACCAGGUGCCUGUUCCCGUCAUGCUGCUGCCCGAUGACUUCAAAGCCAACACUAAGAUCAAAGUCAACAACCACCUCUUCAACAAGGAAAACCUCCCAGGACAUUUCAAGUUCAAAGAAUACUGCCCUCAGGUCUUUCGAAAUCUAAGGGAACGGUUUGGUAUUGAGGAUCUGGACUAUCAGGUGUCAUUGACUCGCAGCCCACCUUUCAGCGUUGAUGAUCAGGGAGAAGGCCUGCUCCUUAACUCUUACGACCGGACGCUGGUGGUUAAGCAGAUCUCCAGCGAGGAUGUGGCAGACAUGCACAACAUCCUGUCAGAGUAUCACCAGCACAUAGUGAAGUGUCACGGCAACACGCUGCUGCCACAGUUCCUGGGUAUGUACCGCGUCACCGUGGACAGCGAGGAGACCUACCUGAUGGUCAUGAGGAACAUGUUCAGCCACAGACUGGUGGUACACAGGAAGUACGACCUCAAGGGCUCUCUGGUGGAUCGGGAAGCAAGCGACAAAGAAAGGGUAAAAGAAACCUCUUCCUUUGUCCUCUUUUCAUAUCAUUAUGUUGUUUUCUGUCUUAUCUCAAAGCCAAGAGUCCUCCUGAGAUGUAUAACUUAUUUAUUUACCCCGAAGGUCAAAGAGCUCCCUACCUUCAAAGACAUGGACUUCAGGAACAACAUGCAGAAGGUUUAUGUGACUGAGGAGGAGAAGGAAAAGUUCAUGGAGAAGCUAAACAGAGAUGUCGAGUUUCUAGUGAGGCUGAAGAUCAUGGACUACAGCCUGCUGCUCGGCAUCCACGACAUCGGCCGAGCUGAACGGGAGGAGGAGGAGUGUGAGGAGGAGGUCAAAGAGGAAGAUCCAGAGGCAGAAAAUGGCCUUGUACCGGGUCCUACGGUGGGCUCUUAUGGCAACUCUCCGGAGGGAAUCGCUGGUUACAUGUCCUCCGUCAAGCCUCUGGGGCCCGGGGAGUUCGACCCCUAUGUGGACGUGUAUGCAGUUAGGAGCUGCCCAGGAGCCCCUCAGAGGGAGGUCUACUUCAUGGGCCUGAUUGAUGUGCUCACGCAGUAUGACACCAAGAAGAAAGCCGCUCAUGCAGCAAAAACUGUCAAACACGGGGCUGGUGCUGAAAUCUCCACAGUCCACCCCGAGCAAUACGCCAAAAGGUUUCGUGAUUUCAUCUCAAACAUAUUUGCGUAACACUGCCACAGGUCGAUCCCAUUGAGAGCUAAAAGUCUUCUACUAUAGACUAAAACUAGUAUGCACACACACAGGUCAUUCUUUAGAGUUGGUGAUCUGAGGCAAGACUUAAGUUGUAGCAAUAUAAUAUACUACUUCUGAUGCAUAUAUUUAUUUUUAAGAUGUAUUUCUGUAGAUGUUAACACUUAAUGAAAUAACUCUGGAGCAAUAGGGUACCUGCUGUUGAUCAGUGUUGAAAGUGUUAAACUGCAUCUGUGUAAGUUCAGAUAUUAUGUGUCUCUUUCCUCUGCUUUACUUUGGUUUUCCAGCUGUGAACUUAACUUAGAUUGUUUAAACUUUUGCUUUUGCAGAGGAUUAGAUGAGAACACUAAUUUCAUGUGUGAAAUAAAUAUGAGAUGUUGGCUUAAAGCUUAGAAUAAAGGCAGGAAGUAGAGGGGAAUGGGUUUCAUAGCUCUUUCCAAAAGUAAGAAAAAUCUGCUUAUAUGCACCUCUAAAGCACCACAGAGAUAACCUUGUGGUUAACAUCUCUGGGUUGGACGAUAACUGCUGAUUGACGAUACAUUUGCAGAUGAGAGGUUUCUGUGUGAACGAUCCAUCAGUAUCUGAGUGUACUGACUCAGAUUGAGGCAGACUUGAGGCACCGCAUCAAGUCUGGUUUACAGAUACCCCCUCAAAAAAAAAAAAAAAAUGUCAGCGAGGUUUAUUUCAAGCAAAAAUUAUAUUCAAAAUUGUCCCGAAUCUCAGUUUAUUUAUUUAUUUUUAUCUCAGUUUAUUGAACUGGGCUCAAAUCUGGUGACUGUGAAGGCCGUAGCAUAAGAUUUGCAUCAUUCUCAUGAGAGAAUUCAGCGAACCCUUGUGCUCUGUGGAAGGAGAGAAAUACUUCAUCACAUGAAAAGACAGCAAUCAGUCAGAAGAAUUUAGUUUGGACUUGCAGUGAUGCUUUCAUGUCAGUGUCAACUCACAGCCAUCCCAAAUUGAUCUUAAAUGGUUCAGUAAAAUAAUAACCUAGUUUAAAAAAAAUCUACAAAAGAUGUAUCUCUUUUUUGAAAUAGAUUUUUAAAUAAAUGAUAAAACCACAACUUAAUUUUCUUAGACAGGUUUUGUCAUUGAUGAGGUUUAGAGGUGCCAGUAGGCAGAUGUUCUCUCAGCAACAAAACAUAUUCCCUACACCCUGUGAUCUUAAUGAAGAUUGGUAUUAAAGGCAGUAGUACACUAGAUUCUGCACUUGAAGAAUGUUAUUAUUUAUGUAUAGAUGGACGCCAUUUGAUUUCCAGUGCCAAAUGUGUGGGAUCAAAGCUUUAUAAAAGCAGGAUUUGCACUUUGAAUUAGUGUUUUGCUGCUGAGCAGGUAAAUGAAACGCAGUUUGAGCGGAUGAAAUGCUGAUUUCCACCAAAGCCUCCAUUAGACUUAUCAUUAAAAUGUGUAGAGCAACGUUGUCACAGUUAAACGACCAGAAAGAAGAAAAUAGAAAGCAUAUGGGACGAUUUGGCCUGCACACAUCUCUUAGCCUGUUAGAACAUUGGGUAGUUUGAAGGUGAUUUAUGAAGGUGCAAAUAUUUAAGGAUCAUUCCUGCCUUUAAAAAAAAAAAUCAUGUGUUUUUGAUGUUGUUGUUGUUGUAAAAUAAAUAUGAAAACAGCUUCUGAGAAUGAGCCCAUCCGUCAUGAUUCUGACUCCUGGUGUAGUAUUUUGUGUGUUAAAAUGACCGAUAUGAGUCACAGUAGCAUUAGGAUUAUGAAGUAUCAUGUGUGUAAUGUAAUGGUAUUUGAGAUUUAGUGAUAACCAGAGUACCGUGUGAACGUUCUGGAUAUAAACACUACAUUUCAGUCGCUCAGCCUUACAGCAGUGGGAUAUUAAACAGCGUUCCUGAACAGUGACAGGGCAGUGAUACUCUCUGUAUGAUGCCUCAUCUACUCCAUGAUUGCACAUGUAUUUUUACAAAUCAGCUUUUGGACCAAAAUAUAUUUUACCAAGAAUUUC